AUGGGAGGAAUUGGCAAGACCACCCUUGCUCAACUUGUGUACAAGGACAAGAGGGUGAAGGAGCAUUUUCACCUUCAAGCAUGGGUUUGUGUUUCGGAUGAAUUUGACGUGUUAAAGCUUACGAAAACAAUUUUAGAAGAAGUAGGUUCGUCUGCUAAUGCUGAUAGUAAUAAUCUAAAUUUGCUUCAACUUGCACUAAAUGAGAAAUUGAUGGAGAAGAAAUUUCUACUAGUUCUAGAUGAUGUUUGGAAUGAUAAUUAUGUUGAUUGGGAGAUGUUAAGUAAGCCAUUUAAAUCUGGGGCACCUGGAUGCACAAUCAUUGUAACUACACGCAAUGACGAUGUUGCAUCAAUCAUGCGCACUAUUCCAACUCAUCGUCUAAAGACGUUACUGGAAGAAGAUUGUUGGUCACUAUUUGCAAAACAUGCAUUCCUCGAUGGCAUAUUUGAUGCACGUCCAGAGCUAGAAGUAAUUGGUAGACAAAUUGUGAAAAAGUGUGAAGGCCUACCUUUAGCGGCCAAGGCAAUUGGGGCUCUCUUGCGAUCUAAACUAGAUGUGGAUGAAUGGGAGAAUAUAUUGAAGAGCGAACUAUGGGAUUCACCAAUUGACAAAACAAACAUUCUUCCUGCUCUAAGAUUAAGUUACAAAUAUCUUUCCCCACAAUUAAAGCAAUGUUUUGCUUAUUGUUCAAUAUUUCCCAAGGAUUAUGUUUUGGAAAAAAAUCAAGUAGUCUUAUUAUGGAUGGCAGAAGGUUUCUUAGAAGAAACUAGAAACAAAGGAAUGGAAGAGGUUGGUGAAGACUACUUCCUUGCUUUGGCAUCAAGAUCAUUGUUGGAACAAUCAAGUGGCAACAAAUCAGGUUUUAUAAUGCAUGAUCUUGUCAACGACUUGGCAAAAUUUGUGUCUGGACAAUUUACCUUUAGACUGGAAGUUGACAAUUCUCAAGAAGUUUUGAACAAGACUCGCCAUUUGUCAUAUUUAAGAAAAACAUAUAACAAAUUUAAGAAGUUUGAGGUUCUUUAUGAGUCUACUCGAUUGCACACAUUCUUGCCAUUAAAGUUGUCGCCACCGGAUAAUAUCGUCUGCUUCUUAGCUAAUAGAGUACCACAUGACUUAUUGCCAAAUCUAAGGUCAUUGCGGGUGCUCUCUCUAUCUCACCAUUAUAAUAGGAUUGAGCUGCCCGAAUCAAUUGGCAAACUUAAGCAUUUACGUUAUUUGAACCUUUCUUUCACUAAAAUUGUAAGGUUGCCUGAUUCCAUAUGUAAGUUGUGCAAUUUGCAAACAUUGAAUUUAUUAGGUUGUGAAGGUCUUUCUGUAUUACCGAGAGAUGUGUGGAAACUCGUUAAUUUACGUCAUCUUGAUAUUAUUGGAACUGCCAUAAAGGAGAUGCCAAUGCAGUUGAGUAGACUAAAAUGCCUACGAACAUUAACUAAAUUUAUCAUCAGCAAACAUAGUGGGGCUUGCAUUGAAGAACUAGGAAAACUUUCAAAUCUCCGAGGAAAGCUUUCUAUUUUAAAGCUCCAAAAUGUUGUAUCUCCUGAGGAUGCUUUGAAAGCAUGCUUGAAAGAAAGGAAGUACCUUGAGGAGUUGGUGUUGGAAUGGAAUGCAUUAGAUACUAAUAUUUCAGAAUGCCAUAGAUCUGUACUUGACAAUCUUCAGCCUCAUCGUAACUUGAAAAGUCUAACUAUCAACAACUAUGGCGCUGAUACUUUUCCAGAUUGGGUCGGGCAUCAUUCAUUCCUUAAUAUAGUGUCCCUUCGCUUAGAAAACUGUAGACAUUGUUGCAACUUGCCACCACUUGGGCAACUAUCCUCUUUGCGGGACCUCUUUGUUGUUGGGUUUGAAGAAGUAGUUAAAGUGGAUCGUGAGUUUUAUGUGAGCAAUUCUUCAUCAGCUAAGCCAUUUGGAGCCUUGAAAGUUCUCAGGCUCGAGCAAAUGUUGAAGUGGGAGGAAUGGACUUCUUUUGGUGCUGAAAAUGAAGGUGGACCUUUUCCUCAACUUGAAGAGCUGUAUAUUAGUUUAUGCCCCAAGCUAACAGGAGAGCUGCCCAUCCAUCUUCCUUCUUUGGCCAAACUUGAAAUUCUUGAAUGUCCGCAGUUGGCUGCCUCACUCCCAAGGGCUCCUUCUUUGCACGAAUUGUAUUUAAAAAAUUGUAAUGAGGUUCAGUUAAAGGAAUUGCCAAUCGGACUGCAGAAGCUCAAAAUUGAAGGAUGUGGCGCACUAGAGUCUCUUCCCCAAGGACUGGUGGACUCCAAUGGCUGCCUUCAAGAGUUAACAAUCAAAAAGUGUAUGAAGUUAGAGCUCCCAACACACUUGGAAUUUUCAUCCCUUGAAACGUUGAAGUUGGACAAUUGUGAUUCCCUCAAGUCACUUCCAUUAGAUUUAUUCCCAAAGCUUUAUAAAAUCGACAUCUCUGGGUGUAUGAAUCUGGAAUCAUUUACAGCUUCAGAACAACAUGGACGUGAUUUAGUGAUCUUGGAUAUUUACAUCGACAAGUGCCCGAAUUUUGUAUCUUUUCCAAAAGGAGGAAUUCGAGGCCCCAACCUUAAAUCCUUUGCGGUACGAUAUUGUGGAAGUCUGAGGUCACUGCCAGAGAAGAUGCAUAUACUCCUUCCCUCUCUUGAAUUUUUAGCGAUAAUCGAUUGUCCAGAAGUUGAAUUGUUACCUGAAGGGGGCUUUCCUAGCAAUCUGGAAUUUCUUCGGGUUAAGUAUUGUGAGAAACUCUUUGCCAGUCGAAUGGAGUGGGGUUUGCAAAAACUCUCGUCUAUUAGACAUUUGCAUAUCGGUAGCAAAGCUGAAGAUGUGGUGUCUUUUCCAGAGCCAGGGUUGAUGCCUUCUUGUUUGACUUCUCUUCGGUUCAAUGGAUUUCCAAAUAUGAAAUCUUUGGACAAGAAAGGGCUUCAACACCUCACCUCUCUUCAACAAUUGUCGGUCACCGAAUGCCCUAAGCUCAAGUACAUGCCCAAAGAGGUGUUGCCUGCCUCCCUUUCUACUGUACUCAUCUCUCACUGCCCUUUGUUAAGGAAGUGGUGGCAAAGCAAGAAAGAAAAAGUACGGCGAAAGAUUCCCGACGUCGAUAACGUAAUUUUUGAUUUGGAAGUUUAUAUUGGAUGAGCCAAAAGCAUCGCAAGAGUCCCAUUUUCAGUUAUAAUACCUGCACAACGAUGAGAAUCUGGAAGUUCGAAUAGCUGGGUGACAAUUACAAGAAGCAAGAGGCAGGCAAAUAGAUUCUAUGAUCCUUUGAGGCGUGAAUGCCCGAAGAAAAAGGAAUGUCAUGGGAUGGAGGGCGAGUCUUAAAGUAUUAGUGGAGUCACUAAUCUGUGGUGUUGGAAAUCUGAAUGAAUGAAAUGAGUGGAGACAAGCUGCAAAGAGAGUCAAAUUUGUUGUGCAGCUCAGAUCUGUUGUGUGUGGAGUGUACUGAAAAUUUGGUGGUGCCUUGUUGGACUUAUGGUGCCCAAAGAUGUUGGAUAUCUUCAUCUACAACCAAAAUACUAGAAAAUGGAUGUUGGUGACAUCCUUGGAUUGGCAUUUUGCCCAUUUGGUUCUCCGUCAAAGAUGGCCCUAUGUUUUAACGUGGCCAAAGCAAUGCACGACCCUGAAAUCCAGAACAUCCCCUAAGUCCCUGUGAUCCGACAGCAGAAACAGAAACAGAAUACUCAAUUGAAUGGUGUAAAAGUGCACCAAUACAACCCCAGAGCAAUUACAAGUCAGUGUCAUUCUGUAAGCUUCAGAAGCAGAGGAAUUCUCUCAAGUAUUAACAAAGCCUCUCAGAUCUCUCCUUUAGGAUACACCUGGACAGAUCUUUGUGGCAUUUGAGAAACCAGGAGAAGUCCCAGCUUGUCAUGUUGUAUUGCUGUGAUAGGUCAAGAGGUUGAAGCUCACCUUAUAUCAGAUUCAUUUUUCUUACACAUUCACCGUCAGAGGUCAAGAGGCAUUUAUACCUCCUUGUUCAACAAAGGGUGCCCAAAGAUGUUGGAUAUCUUCUUCUCUACAACCCAAAUACCAGAAAAUGGAUGGCGCUGACGCUGAGACAUCUUUGUAAAGUAUCUGAACAACUACAUGUUGUGGUGUAACUUGUAUUUCACAAGUCAGACGUGUGGCCCAUUCGUUGUCUUUGGCUUAUAGUGUUCUAGUAUAUUUGGCUCUCCUUUUAUAAGUAGUAUUUGGAGACCUGGGGUUAUUACCCUAGCCGAAGUCAGUGUUCCACUACUACUUGUUUUUGGAGUAUCCUUUCACCGACUUAUUGCCUUAUAAAAGGGAGGCUUUGCAACAAGGCAAAGUGGAAGAAAAAUUAGAAACCAAUGUCUCAUUAGGGUUUUUUCACUUUGUUGUGCCUUAUGGCACUUAGAGAAGAAUAGAGUUUUCUUUGUCAAUUUUUUCUCUUGUAUGAGAGUGAGAUUUGGGUGUAUUGGAACUUUGAGUUUUGAGUGAUUUUCUUCCUGUUAUCUUU